ACCGAAGUUCCUUAUUCUCUAGAUGUUAGCUGAAAUUUUUAUAAAAUAAAUUUGCUGUUUUCACUUUUAAGUCAGCAAGCUGAAUUACUUGGAGGAGGAAAGCAGGAGGAGUAGAGGAGACAGAAGACAGCUGGAACACAGGAACCUUCCGAUCAUCCUAUGGAAUUCAUAUUCUGUGGAAGAUACUUUGGGAAAUGCUGAAUUAAAGAAAAAACCUUUUUUUUUUUUUUUUGGUACAUCAUUUACAUGUCAACCAUGUUUUCUGAGUUACACCUUCACAUAAGUGUCUAAAGGAGAAUUGAAAAACAUCCUUGCAGCAUUAAAAUAUAUUAACAAACCAUCUCUUUGGGAUGAAGAGAAAACUUAUGUUCUUGCCUCCAUCCACCACCAUACCAGAAAUGGAAUCCAAUGGCACCUUCACCAGUAACAACAGCAAUGGGAACUGUACAAUUGAAAACUUCAAAAAGGAUUUUUACCCUACCGUGUACCUGAUAAUAUUUAUCUGGGGAACCUUGGGAAAUGGCUUUUCCAUAUACGUUUUCCUGCAGUCUUAUAAGAAGUCCACGUCUGUGAAUAUUUUCAUGCUAAACCUGGCCAUUUCAGAUUUCUUAUUCACAAGUACACUACCCUUCAGAGCUGACUAUUACCUCAGAGGCUCCAAUUGGAUAUUUGGGGACCUAGCCUGCAGGAUUAUGUCUUAUUCUCUGUAUGUCAACAUGUACAGCAGCAUUUAUUUCCUGACUGUGCUGAGCAUCGUGCGUUUCCUGGCAACCGUUCACCCCUUCAGGCGCCUCCACGUCACCAGCACCAGGAGUGCCUGGAUUCUGUGUGGGAUCAUAUGGUUCCUUAUCAUGGCUUCCUCAGCAGUGCUUCUGAACAAUGGCUCUGAGCGGAAUGGCAGUGUCACAUUAUGCUUAGAGCUGAAUAUGCGUAAAAUUUUUAACCUGCAGACCAUGAACUACAUUGCCUUGGUGAUGGGCUUCCUGCUGCCAUUCUGCAUGCUCAACAUUUGUUACCUGCUGAUCAUUCGAGCUCUGUUAAAGGUGAAGGUCCCAGAACUGGGUGUGCGGGUUUCUCACAAGAAGGCUCUUAUCACCAUCAUCAUUGCCUUGAUCAUCUUCCUCCUGUGUUUCCUGCCCUAUCAUGUACUGAGAACCCUCCACCUGCUUGCAUGGGAAGUGGGUGUAUGCAGAGACAAGCUGCAUAAAGCUGUGGUCAUCACAUUGGCCUUGGCAGCAGCCAAUACGUGCCUCAAUCCUUUGCUCUAUUACUUUGCUGGGGAAAAUUUUAAGGAUAGGCUAAGGGCUACACUCAGAAAAGAUCACCUACAGAAGACAAAGUGCAGCAUUCCUGUCUGCAUCUGGUUGAAAAAGGAAACACAAGUUUAAGGGUUUUGUAGAUAAGGCCUGUUCUUGUAUCCUUGUGCUCACAUUCAUUCACACGUAGUCUCAAAUGACCAUAUAUUUACACCAUUUCCAACAAAGGUCAAUCAAGUCCUACUUCAAACAUUUUAUUAGGUGUGUUUUCAGUGGUUGAGUCUAGAUAAGAAAUGUAGCAGGCAAAGUCUCUACUAGUCUUGCAACCUAAAAUGUCAGACUGGGAAAAAAGUGCUUAGCAUAUUGUGUGCUUCUUUUUGUCAGAUUCUGUACCAGAUCUUGGUCCCACCAGGCAUUCUAGAUUAAGGUUAAGACAAUCUCAACUUGUCCAGCUUCUCCGCCCCUCUUAUAUCUUCAAUCCUUUAAGAUAUAGUCAGUUAACGGGGCACCUGGGUGGCUCAGUUGGUUGAGCAACUGCCUUCGGC